CCUUCAGAGUUUGGAUCUCGACCCUGCGAAUGUGUUAACCAUUUGCAACGUAGAGAUUCUGGAACAACACAGAGAACCUGUUAUGAGGAACUGCCAGGACGUACUGAACAAACUUAGCGACGUGAGCGGCGUCUACACCAUCUACCCGCGGGAGUGCUGCCCCGUCAGCGUCUACUGCGACAUGGACACCGACGGGGGCGGUUGGACGGUCAUCCAGCAACGUCGGGACGCCCUUCCUCGGGAGGAUUUCUACCGCCCUUGGAGCGACUACGCCCUUGGGUUCGGACACUCGCCUUGCGGGGAAUUCUGGCUCGGCCUCGAGCACAUCCACGCCCUCGCCGACCAGAAGCCCAACGAGCUCAGGAUCGACUUGGAGGACUUCGAGGGCGGAACCCGCUGGGCCAAAUACAGCGCCUUCUACGUUGGCGAUCGGGACGACUUGUACACGAUGGGCAUUUCCGGGUAUGAAGGGAACGCCGGGGACGCCAUGACAGCGCACGAUGGGAGCAGAUUCUCCACAAAGGAUUAUGACAACGAUAAAGAACCCAGCAGGCAUUGUGCACAAACGUGUGAAGGCGGUUGGUGGUAUAACAGCAUCUGUCACUUUGCUAAUCUCAACGGCAAGUACCUGAGUGGUUUUCACAAGAGCCUUGGUAAUGGUAUCAACUGGUACCAGUGGCGUGGGAAUUACUAUUCACUGAAGUCUACGACGAUGAUGAUCAGACCAGCUCCUGAAAUACUGCAAUAAUGAAAGAAGCGAAAAAUGAAGCGGAGAAUAUUUCUGGUUUAUUACUGUUUUCGACAACAAAUUAUUGACUGAAAGCCAUUCUGUUGCACAAAAUAUUACGGUUUUACAACCCUCACCCAAUUACCUUUAUUGUAUUCUACAGAUUUCUAUAUUACCCAAGU